UUAACCACUUGCCAUCCGCCUGCUGUUUUUAUAAACAGCAGGACGGUGGCACUCCAGGGGCGGGUUGCCGUUCAUAAACGGCACCUGCCAUUUCUAGCUGGGAGCGCGCAGCACCGCGAUACGGUGCCCGCUGUGUUCUCCCGGACACAGGGAAACACCGAUCGUCGGACGGGACCUCUGUGUGAGGUCCUGAUCAUGUGAUCACUGAUAGGCCAAUCAGUGAUCACAUGCACAGUAGUAAGCAAGAUGUCACUUCUGACAUCAUUGCUUACUACGUGUGAAAUAUGUGAAUGAUCACAGAGGUCACAUGGUACAAGGCUAUUCACAACAGCCUUGUACCAUGUGACAAGCUGUGACCAAUCACAGCUCACACAGUA